AUGUUUUCAAAAAAUUUAUUUCUUGUUCAAUUUAUUUUUCAUUUAUUUUAUUUAACUUUAUCAAAUAUUCAAAAUGAUGAACAAUUUAUUAUUGAAAAUCAAGGUUAUGGAUAUAUUAAUAUAAAAAGAAUUGAAUUUAAUAAUUAUUUAAAUAAAAAUAUUUUAAAAAUAAUUUUGGAAAUAACCAAUUCUGUCAGAGCAAUUUUUGUAGUUCCAAAUAAAGGAUAUAAAACACCAUAUUUUAAUAGAGGACAAUCAAAUAAAAAAAUUUAUUAUGUUGGGAAAUCAAAUUUAAGGGAUGGAAAUACAGAAAUAAAUAUUGUUGAAGAUUUUGAUAAUAAUUAUAGAGAGGGGAUUGUUAUUUGUGGAAGAUUGAUAAAUAAAAGAAUUUUUGUGACAUUAAUGAGAAUUAAACCGCUCUUUCACAAUAAAUUAUAUAUUGAACCAAAAGAGGUUGAUGAAGAUUUUGAUAAUUUUAAAUUAAUGAAAUUUGAAUGGUUUUUGGAUUUUAAAAAUCAAAAAAAUAAUUUAAUUAAAAUUUGUUUAAAAUUUAAAAAUAAAGGAGAAUAUUUAAUUAAUUUAGCAACUGAACUUUUAAAUAACAAAUUAUUAGAAUUUAAUUUUAAAAUUGAUAAAGAAAUGUUAAUUAACUGUAAAAUAUUUAAUGAAAAAAUUGAAGAAAGUGAAUUAAUUAAAUUAAAAGAAAAAAUAUUUAUUUAUUAUUAUAAAAUUAAUGAAGAAAUUAAUUUUGAGGAAUAUAAUGUUGAGGACGAUAGUAUUUUGUUAUUAAAUAUUACAGAAAUUGAACCUUUAAUUUCUGAUGGAAUUUAUGAAUUUUAUUUUGAAAAUAAUGGAAAUAUUAAACAAAAAAAGGAAAAUAUAAUUAAAUAUUUAAAUAAAAGAGAAUUAAAUAAAACAAAUAAAAAUAAAAUACUUCCUUUAUUUAAAGAAGAAUUGGAUAUUCUUAUUGAUGGAAAUUAUUUUAAAAGGAAUAAAAAUGGAAAAAUUGAAAAAUUAAAAGCAAGUUUAGAAAAUGAAGAAAAUUAA